AUGAACUCUGCCAUCGGCUCAGCUGAGCUUUCGUGCCGUCCACCUGCGGUCUACCUCGAGGAAAUAUAUCGUGACAUCCUCACCUUUCGUGCCGUCCACAUUUGGUCGACCACGAUGAACUCUACCAUCAGGUCAACUCACCAUUCUUGCUGUCCACCUGUGGUGUACAUCGACGAAUUAUACCGUGACCUCACCUCAACUUUCGUUCUGUCCACCUGUGUUCUACCUGACCUCACCUCAACUUUCGUGCUGUCCAAGUGGUCUACCUCGACGAAUUAUACCGUGACCUCACCUCACACUUCUUGCUGUCCACCUGAGGUCUAUAUCGAUGAAUUAUACCUCUACAUCGACGAAUUAUACCGUAACCUCACCUCACCUUUCGCGCAGUCCACCUGUGUUCCACCUCAAAAGAAUUAUACCGUGACCUCACCUCACCAUUCUUGCUGUCAACCAGUGGUCUAUCUCGACGAAUUAUACCGUGACAUCACCUCACCUUUCGCGUUGUCCAUCUGUGGUCUAACUCGACGAAUUAUACCCUGA